AUGGACCUCGAAUCGCACCUAAGCGGCUCGAGGAUCCGCACUCAAGUGCUCAAAUUCAGCGGAUUCGCCGACGCGCUCUUCUUCUUUUACGUGGAUCAGACGUAUCUUCUGGAGGUCCAAGGUGUCGAUGGUGGCCAGAAAAUGAUCACGAGCACCAGAAAACUCAGGUUCCGAAGCAAGAAGCAUCAAGACGGAUAUCCGGAAAACAACGGAUUCGGUGGGUUUCGGUUUCCUUGUGAUUAUCGAUUUUUGAUGAGAAACGCUGAAAACAUGCUGAAAACUUCAAAAAACGCGAAGUUUUUCCACCCGUGACAUGUAUGUUUUCAUCCGAUUCUCAUAAUCCAUUUCAGACACGACGUACUGUUUCUCGAAAAGAGCGAAGAACGGAGCAGUGCCGGUGUUAGUGGAACGUGCCAAACGGAAGGGAUUUCGGGUCGCCGAGCCGUUAGUUUUUAUGGAUUUUUCAAGAAUAAUUUUAGAAUUGCAGCGAUCCGAAUGGUAUCACUUGGAUCCAACACAAUCCCAACUUCUUCAGCUACAUUCGCACAACCGAAUGUGGCGUCGUCAUCAGAAGACUGUCACGCAGGUUCGAGCCCGAGGUUUGGUUUUUUUCAACGAACAAAUGCAAAAAAGUCCGAUUUUUCCUUCUUUUUUCUUGCAGAACACCGAUGAAACGGCGGCGGAGCACAUGAUUCCGAUGAUCGACGGAGUGUGCCCGGUGCAAUUAAUCUAUGAAAGUCUGGGAAUCACCUACGAAAUAUUCAAGCAAAGAGUGGAAAACGAGGCGAUUUUGGGAAGAAGAAUGCAGGCGAUGAACGACUGGAAAAUUGGGUUCUGCGAGCGAUUUUUGACAGUUUUCGGCGAUGGAACUCUCGCGAAAACCUUCAUCAACAUAAUUGCUCCGUUCAUCGAAAUUCCCUGCGUUUUGCUCUUCUUUUUCUGGAAAUUACAAAUCAAUUUCGGAUUUCUCUUUCUUGUUUCCGUUUUUCUCUCUGUUUUUGUCGUUUUUUGUGCUUUUACGCACGUUUACUUGUGAUUAAUAAAAGGGUUGUUCAAAAAGCCAACAUUUCCGUGCCUUUCUCUGCUCCAUUUGAGUGAAAAUUCACCAGAAUUUGUCAAGAAACAACAAGAGAAUCUCAAUUUUUCAGUGAAAGUGCAGCUUACUAUGCAAACACGCUCCAUUGCACUCGGCGCCAGUUGGCUUUAAUUCCACGUGGCAAAACACGUUUUCCAGCUUUUUCGGCAAUGUCUGACAAUUUACUUUCGUUUUCAUAAUGAUUUUGUUACUAAUUUACUUUUUCCAGCUAUCAAUUCCUCAGAAAACCCAGAAAUUCUCCCGAAAUUUGAGGUUUGUCUAAUUUAUUCCCUUUUUCCGUCGACAUUUCUUGUUGGUAUUAAAUUCCGAAGAAUUCCAUACAUUCUCAAAGUCAAGUCCGUGAAACUGUGUAUUUUUGACCUAAUAGCUUUUAGUGGCUACAAAAACAACCCUUGUAAAAUUUUCAGACGCUCGGCAAAAGAUGAUCGGCUGGAACCAUCUUCCACUUGAAACGAGGCAUGAAAUUAUCAAAAAGAUGCCGUUGCGCACCAGGUAUUUCGCCUUUUUUUGGGGAAUCUGUGAAUCAAAAAUUUCGAUAAAAUUCCGUCGGGUUUUGCAGAUUCUGCUUCCGCCACGUUGCAAAAUCGGCAAAAUUGGCCGUGGAUUCGGUACCGCUCUACAUUCCGCGAGUCAGUCUUAAGACAAGCUCCAAUGAUGCCGUCGAUUUGCUCAUCUUUACGAGCAUCGGAAAAGUGACGAAAUUGAAGUUUCUCAGAAAGACGGACCGAGUUCUUCUCCACGUGUAAGUUGGUUGAUGGCUCUCCAAUGCGGUCCCAAGUUUUUCAGAAUUGAUCCCGUUGUCGAUCUUACGAAAUCGGUUGGCAACGAAAGCCCGAUGCUCUUGGCCAUUUACGUCCUCAAACACCUCGCGAUGAACCCGAAAACCACCCUCGGAACUCUGGAGUGCUACAUUGAAAACUGGAGUUCGGGUCACUACGAUUGGCCGGAAAUAGACAGAGUGCUCGGAAAUGCUCAGUUCCGCACCAAGGUCGUGCAUUACAGUGGGCGAAAUGUCCGUGUAAGUUGAGCUGAGACCUUAAAAUGCAUCUUUCAAAAGAUUCGCGCUUCCUUUUAAAAAAAAUAUUGCAGCCGCCCGGUCCGAUCCUUGCCAGCCGUCUCCAUCCUGCCCAUUUAGUCGAAGUUCGAACGACGCGACCGCCGAGUAAUAAGGAACUCGCCGAAAUGCGUCAAUUUCCGAUUCUGAGGGCCGAACAGAUUCCGCUGACACUAACGAAGACAAUAAGGGUGCGAUGCCGGCCGGAAGACGUGCCCAAAUUCAAGGAAUUCGGUACGGCUUACUAGCCGGGCAUAGAAAAGAAAAACGACUUUGAAAAAUUCAGUUUCUAGAACAACGGUACACUGGAACCGGCUUAUGUCCUGCCGAAUGGCAAAAUUCGGUUUCCCUAUACAAGUCAAGUAUUCCAAAAGAAUACUUUGUGAAAGAAGAGCAGUUGUAAGAGAAUGAAAAACAACAUUUCCCCACCAAUCAACCGUUUUUAGAGGACCGAACGACGUUGUGCUCUCCUACCUCACCGCCUACAGGAGCGCGAUGAUGCACACUCGAGUGACCGCUUGCGGAUGUAUCAUCAAAAAGAUCAAGAACGGAUUUGAACUGGAGAAUGUGAGAACAGAAUGAGAACAUCAAAUUUUACCCGAGGGAAUAGGCCCACAAAAAGGCAGGCGUUUGAGAACAUAGUUACAAUUGAUUCAAAAAGUCCAAAGCUUGAAAAUCCUUGUCUUUUUCUUGUUAAACGGUAAACUUUUUCAGCCGUACACCGCCGGAGUCUGCGCUCGUCGGUGGGCAUGUCAAAUCCACGGAGAUCGAUUCGAUCACUGGUAUCAGAGACACAAAUCAACGGAUAUCACUUGGGAACUGGCGGACAGCACCGUCGAGCACAUUAUUCCGGUGCUCAAUGGCGUCUGCCCGGUCACAAAGUACAUUGAUGACGUGGCGGCCGAGUACAAAUUGUGGAAAAAGACGAUUAAAAACAAGAAAACGGAGGAAAGUGAGCGGGAAGAGCUUCGAAUCGAUGGGAACUCGGCCGAAUACUCGCAGCCCGAACGAGAUGAACAAACGAUGGAGCAAUGA